AUGCGUAACUGCAUGCGCAUCUACUUGAACGCACAGGCGUCUGCAUGUAAACUUGGAUGGAUUGAUGUUUCGAGGCUCUGUGAACAGGAGAAACUCUUGCUGCUUCUCGCGCCUACGAGACACCAUUCGCGUCAGAGUUUGCAUUCGCGUCAGAGUUUGCAUUCGCGUCAGAGUUUGCAUGUGGAGCUCGACUUUUCCUCAGUGAGCACGCGUCGGAAGGCUCGCGCCUUGACCUGGUCUGACGGUAGUCUCAAGAUCCGUGCAUUGCUGGACUGCCCGAUUCUGGAGGCGCUGGUGGGUCCGCAGUCGUCCACGUCCUCCGCUGCUCGACCUCGGCCUCUCGUCGCUCUCCGGCACCUCUCCUGCAAGAGCGAAGGCUUCGAGAAAAAGGGGAAAACGCAUGCCCUGCAGAGACGCACGGCGACCACCCUCUCAGAGGAAGUCGCCGCCUUCAUCGAACAUGAGAAAGACAUGGAAAUCGAGUUCCGCGGAGAGACCUUCCCGGCGAACAAGCUGAUCCUCGUCUCGAGAUCCAAGGUUUUCAGAGCCAUGCUCAAGGGACUCUUUCAAGAAGGCCUCAAGGACUCUGCGGCGCUUUCCCCCUUCCUCCCUCGCCUGUCUGGGCAAAAACGCGCGCGGACAGAAAGCUCUGAGACUCGAAACUUAUCAAAACUCAAUCUGUCGGAGACUGCUGGUCUUACCGUCUCUGCUCUGAAGAACCUCCUUCUCUAUAUGCAUACCGAUACGUGCCCUCUGCUGUCUGCCGAGACUGAAGAGCAGAAAGAAGAGAAAUCGACUCAACAGAAGGAGGUGGAAACCAUCAACUCUCUGCUCGAGCUUCUUGUCGCCGCAGACCUCUACGACGUUCAGUGCGUCUACGAACGCUGCAUCGACGAGAUCAUCUCCCGGCUGUCCUGUCAAAAUUUUGCGGCGAUUCUCUUCUGUGCUAGCCGUAUCAACUGUCGUCGCCUUGUGAAAGCAAGUCGUCAGUUCGCGAAUUCGCUCGCGGGUGGAGCUGUGGCAGGCAAGAUGCUUCAGCUGCUCGAGCGCUGGUGGUCGAGCGCCUCUUCAGGUCUUUCCUUUUCCUCCGUUUCUCUCUCUGCCUCUCCAGAGCAUGCAGCCUCUCCUCGCGGCCGCAGAAGCCGCGACGGAAGCCCGUGCAGUGACGAAGACAUCGUCGCCAUUCAUCCAGAAGGGUCGAUUCUCUUGAAACCUCUAGGCGCAGGCGAUGCUUUUUGCAUGGUGAGUUUCAUCCAAGAGGAGGCCCACCUGCGUAUGGGACGAGACUUGUUGAAACCUCUUCCUCGAUGUUUCCUCCUGGAUCGCCCGCUGCGCGAAAAGCGAACGCUGUCGGAACCGUACAAAGAGGCUGUGAAUGUGCGCCGGAGUUUGUCGGAAAAGAGAUCGCGCGUCCAUGGCGUUGCUCCUACACAGAACCACAACUCUCCUCUCGCAAGUUGCAACUCGCGAAUCGCCUCCAACUCACGCCUUCUCGUUCUCUCUCUUUCUCCUCUUCUGCUUCUUCCUCAUCUUCGACCUCUUCUGCUUCGUCCUCAUGUUCGACCUCUUCUGCUUCGUCCUCAUCUUCGACCUCUUCUGCUUCUUCCCCUUGUUCGUGCUGUUCUUGUUCCUCCCCAAGUCGUUAUUCCUCUCGAUUGCCUUCGUGUCUGCUUCAUCCCGCUGCCUCUCGGUGUCGCGCGCCGGCUUCUGCGCAUGUAUCGGCUGCGGCGCUCUGCGGCUGCGAGAGAGGAGAACCACUCCAGUUCCAGUGUUUCGGUCGGAGAGAGGACGAGCUCUCCUCUCUCUCUGCUCCGUCGCUCUCCGGCGUCGGCGCCCAGUCGACCUCGAAAGAAGCUGAGGUCGGCACUGGAGGAGGGAACCUGUGGGGCGUUUGAGACAGACGAAUGGGCAGAAUACCAGUGGCUGGAAAGCGAAUGCAGCGGAGGUCGAAGCAAGGGCAAAGAGGACGACUGCAGCGCAUGCACACAGCGCUGCUGCUCUCGACGCGGCUUCGUAGAAGAAGGCCAACUGGGUUUGCCGCAGACGGAAGAAAUAUCAAUGGGAUCUAGCAAAAGUCUUCAAGACACUCUGUCCUCUUCGAGCCGCAAUCUGUGUCGAAACUCUGCUCACAACUCUUCUUCUUUUUCAUCUUUUGUGUCAUCUUCGACCUCUUCGUCUCCGUGUUCUUCUUCCCGUUCUUCUUCGACGUCUGUUUCCUCUUCUUCUUCCUCUGCUUCUUCCUCCUCUGCUUCUUCCUCCUCUGCUUCUUCUUCCUCUUUGGGUCAUAGUGGAGAGGCGCUGCAUGCAGCGGCUGCCUCGCAGGAAUUCCGUGGCGAGAGCGACAGACGCGGAAGCAGUGGGGACCAAACAGGCGGUGCGUUUCAUGAUGCAUGUUCAACGAGUUCGUUUUCGGAAAUGCGAGCGGCGGGAGAUGGAACGUUUCCUCAUUGUUCUCGCCCCUGUCGCUUCUGGAGAGGAACGGCCUGUUCGUCGGCUCCUCGACUGUGUCAGUCUUCGUGCAGUCUGCCUGUCCUUUCUCUUUCUCCUCGAUCAGGCGAACUCUCCUCGGAGAAAGACUGGCUGUCGGCAAAGCGCUCUCUCUCCUUGCCAAGUGCCUCUGCUUCAGACGCUUCCGCGAAUUCCUCGUCCGCGCCUCGGUCGCUCACGGAAGCCCACGCGCAUGCAGCGUCGCCUUCUCCUCGACGGCAGAUGGAAACUGCUCUUUCAGUUGGCACGCAUGAAGAAGGAACGACGCGUUUCCUCUCCCCAGAAACGACCUCAUCGCCUUCUCUCCAGAGUCCGCCGUCCGGCGAAGGCGACGCUUCUCGCGCCGUUGCUUCAGCUACGAGCUGCAUGUCUCCGAGCGGGACUCAGGCCGAGGAAAUCGCGCCAGAGCCGCACAGCAAACGCGACUCCGAGAGAGAAACCUUAUCGGGGAGCGACGCCGGGGGGAGUUGUGAGAAGCCGAUGAAUCACGGAUCCACGGAGACAGGAUGCGAAAUUCGCGGGUGGACUGAAGUCGAGAAACGUCAAAACGCGACGACCUGUGACGCACUCGCUGCAGACGGGUGCACCCCAAGUCAAGGCCGAAGCGACAGAGGACAACCGCAAGAGAGUGGGGUCUGUAGCAGUCGGGGUGUACAUACGGCGAAGCGCAGGAGGCACAGCGACGGUGGAGGGACUCAGACAUCUGCAGAAAGCGUUGACAGCUUCAGGGAGCGCUCGACGCUUCAGAGUGACUGUCCAACUGCGGGGAACCAAUGUGAGAGCAGAGUGUUUGGGCCAGAGAAGGACCUGGGGGGUACUGAAAGAGGAAACUGCCAGGAUGCCGCAGAGACAAAUCAACUCUUGCUUUCGGAAUCUCUCUUUGGGGGGUUGGUGGGAGAGCCUCACGAAAACGAUCUGAGAAAAGAGAAUGCAAGUCCGCGGAGAGAAAGUCCGAGAUGUAAGAAACAAAGUGAUGCCAGGGAUCACCGUGAACCUCUUCCACGUCAGCGCGCAACAGUUGGACUGUCUUCUUGUUCUUCCUCCGAUUAUUCUUCUGCUUGUUUUCCUUCUUCCUUGUCUCCUUCGACUUAUUCCUCUUGUCUUUCUUACUCCCUGUCUCCUUCGUCUUCCUUGUCUGCUUCGACUUCUUCCUCUUCGUUUUCUGCUUCCUCAUCUUCCUCUUCUUCUGUCUCUGAGCUGAAGACCCGUUCAGCCCUGCGGUCUCCCUUGGGAGGCUUGCCUGAGGAGCAAUUCGGGCAAGACAGAGGCGAAGGAAAACCUUUUCUUUUGAUAGAGUCGAGUCUCCAAGCUCCUGCUGGAAAUCCAGAGACGGGAGAAGAAGGAUCUCUUGACGAUGCUGGUCUCUUUAUAUUUGAGGACACAGAUGCUGAUGAGAACUAA